UGUCACCAUAUGUAAAGAAAUCAAACGUCUUGAGAUGUAAUUUUGUCUAGAAAGACCAUUGUAGCAGUCAUUAGAGCAAUUAUGAAGGGGUUACUGUUUGAUUAAAUGAACUGUUACUAUACUAAGGUAGCACGUUUGUUUAGUAACCAAAGUCGAGAAAUACCAUGUUAUUUUAUAAGAUACUCCUAUAUCAUGGAAUUUGAUUAGUAAUUACAUCAGCGAUACAUCAAAUAAUACCAGGAAUUGCUCCAAGAAAGUAUAUGCCGGAAAUAUAGUGUAACAUAUUCAAAAAACAACCAUUUACCAUGGUACAAUGCCCAAAACACGGUUUAAUCAUGGUUUAGCUUUCUAAUAAUCAACAAAAUUGUUAAAAACCCAUAAAUUGUUGUAAAUAUUACAUUAUUCAGUUUAGAUUUUGUGUGACUGCUCUUUAUGUAAAAAAAUAUAUAUAAUAGUAUAUAAUUGUAUGUUAACAAUAGGUGGUUAUUAUUGUAGAUAGCCAUAAUGACCACCUUUACCAUAUGGUGGUAAAAGAACUGUAUGUUUAUAGUAAAAUAAGGUUUACAUUUAGUAAUAAAUACAUAAAUAUAUCUUAAUAUAUAUGAAUUUAUUUCUAUGGUAUAUUUACAAAUAGGUGGUUAUUAUGGGCCAAAAUCAUAAUGACUGCCUUUUUCCAUAUGGUUGUAAAAACAAAGUUAUUUUAAAGUAAAAAAUAAUAAUUUUACAUUUAAUAUUAAACACAUAAAACAACUUAAAUAUAUAUGAGAACAUUUUCAUGCUGUAUAUGUCCAGAUUGGCGUCUCAUUAUGGGACAAAACCAUGACUGGCUUUACCAUAUGGUGUUAACAUAAUAAUAUUUUAUAUUAAAAAAGGAAUAGGUUUACAUUUAGUGAUUAAAAACAAAAAUAUAACCUAAAUGUGUAUACAGUAUGUGUCUAAAUAUUAGGCCAUGAUCACCACAAAUAUGGUCUAAUAGACAUAACAUGAAUUUAUCAUGUAAGUAUAAAGCAUAUUAGCAUUAGUAUAAAGUAUUAGCAUAGGCAUAAAUGUUACUUAUGAAUUUUAUCUAUUUUGUUAUUUAUUUAUAUAUGUAAGGAAAAGUAAAUAUAUAUAUAGAAAGCAUGAAGUUGACAACAAGAAUAUUAGACAAGAAUGGGUGUUGUUCAAUAGUUGAUGACUUGAGCUUUCAGUUUUUGAUCCACUUCGAAUGCUGACGACUAGGGGCUGCACAAUAUUGGAAAAAUCUAAGAUUGCAAUGUUUUUUAUGUUGCAAUAUAUAUUGCGAUAUGAAUACAGUUUCACUAGAUAACUUGCUAUAUUUGGAAAGAGUUUAUGAAGUUAGAUCGAUUGGGAUGAUUCUGCAGUGAGAGUGCAUCUCCAUAAAAACAAAUGACCAAUCUAUACCAUUUUUGUGGUCCUGUGCUAUUUGCAGUUCAUUUCUGUAUUUGCAUGUGUUUUAUUCUCAUGCGUAACAAUCUAUAAAUAUAAUCAAGAAAAGAUAGAGUUGAAAUAAAGUGUUUUAUCUUGUCCUGAAUACAGUAAAUGAAUUAAAAAAUUAUAAACAAUUCUAUAAAAUUAAUCAUAGGAAAGGUCACAAAUAGUAAUAUCAUUUAUACUGGAAAGCAUUUAAAGUAAUUAUAUGAUUGCAGGCAUAAAAAAAACACAUGCAAAUGAUACAUUAUAAUAAAAAUUCAACAUUGCAUAUCCUGCGAAUGAUCAAACUGCGAUAUCGAUGCUGAAACAAUAUAUUGUGCAGCUCUACUGAUGAAUGUACACCGAUUUAAAACAAAGAAAUGUCCCUUAUACAGUAAACUAUACCUAAAAUAAACAUGUGCAGGCAUCACUAAAAGCAGGUUUAGCCUUGAAGUGCUGUUGUACAUUCACAAAUUAGCAUCUAAAAAAUCCAUUUUUAUCUAGUAUGUUUCUGCAGAGGAAAUAAAUAGCCUUAUUAAAAUAAAGAUGGCAUUAAAGCGAUCGUCUUCCAUGAAGACCCAGCUAGUGGAUGCCAUCCAGCUCGAAGAAGUGGAGAUGGAGGAAGAGAUCACCACCACAAGCAACAAUAACAAUCCUGUUGAACCUGCUCAGGUCAAAGAGCCGAAAUGCUACACCGUGGAGGAGGCUGUGGAGAGCAUUGGUUUCGGAUGUUUCCAUAUUCUGCUUUUUGUCAUCAUGGGCAGUGCCAAUAUAGUGGAAGCGAUGGAGAUCAUGUUGUUGGCUGUGGUUUCUCCUGAGAUCCGCUGCGAAUGGCAUCUGGAGGAUUGGCAAGUGGCCCUUGUCUCCACGAUGGUGUUUUUUGGUUUCAUGGUUUGUGGGGUCCUCUGUGGUUACAUUGCUGACAAAUACGGACGCUGGAAGGUGGUGUUUGGUGGUUUUGUAUGGGCGUCAUAUUUUUCUUUUCUCACUUCGUUCUCUACAUCAUACGGCUGGUUCAUCUUUCUGAGAUGUAUGGUGGGCUGCGGAGUGGCAGCAACAUCUCAAGGGUUUGUUUUGAAGACUGAAUUCAUCCCGGCCAAAUACAGAGCAUACCUGUUGCCUCUUGCCUCAAUCUUCUGGAUGAUGGGAUCCAUAUUAAUUAUCGUUCUGGGUAUGACUGUGGUGCCCACGAUGGGCUGGCGCUGGAUGAUUCGGUUUUCCGUCAUCCCCAGCCUCGUAUUAAUCGGACUCUUCAUGUUUAUACCCGAAUCCGCACGGUUCCAGGUCUCGGCAGGUAACAUACAAGGAGCCAUGUCUACACUUAAGCGGAUCGCCAAAAUGAAUAAUGGUGUUUUACCAGAGGGAGAACUACGCGAACCUGAAGUGACAGAAAGAGGAAAUGCCGUCACCCUGAUCAGCUCGGCCUUCAGGAGAACAUCGCUCCUGCUGUGGUAUUCAUGGUUUGUGGCCUCGUUUUCUUAUUACGGCUCCGUCCUGAGCAGCUCUGAGUUACUGGAGAAGAAUCUUCUGUGCGUGACGGAUCCUGAUCUGGAGCAUCAGAUUAAACACAUCCAGGAGGAGACGCUGUGUUACUGCAUCCCCUUCAACUCGGACGAUUACCAAACGCUCCUCAUUAGCUGUUUAGGGGAGGUGGCACUCAUUCCUCUUAAUAUCAUCCUGUUGAAUAUAGUAGGACGGAAGUACAGCAUGGUCAUUCUGCUGCUGCUGUCGGCCUUUUUCUUCAUGCUUGUUAAUAUUUGCACGACUAUGUUAGGCUUCACAAUCCUGCUCUUCCUCCUCCGCUCUGUGGUUUCAAUGAAUUUUAAUGUGGUUUACAUCUACACGGCAGAGGUUUAUCCUACAUCUGUGCGCUCAAUCGGAAUGGGCUUUUGCACAUCGUUCAGUCGAAUCGGAGGAAUGAUCGCACCUUUUAUUGCACAGGUGUUGAUGUCCAAAUCUGUGAUUCUGGCUUUAUCACCGUUCGCCACAGCGUGCAUCAUUUGUGCCAUAGGAGUUUUUUUCCUGCCCAUUGAGACCAGAGGACGAGCAUUAUUGCAAGAUGCCUGAAGUUCACCAAACAGAGAUGAAGGACAAUUGCACUUUUCUAACAAAACAUGAACUCAUAUUAAAGCUGGAUCCAUUUUUUUAAGAAUUUCAAUGCUGCCUGUGAUACGUUCUUCAUUAUUUAUAACAAUUAAAGAAUAUAUAUAUUGUCAAAUC